AUGCACUUGCAGAUCUUGCAGUUUGCGGAGGAGGUUGCGAAAGAGAAGGGCAAGCCGCCGGAGAACAAGCUGGAGCUCAUCCGAAACUGCUCUGCGGCCCUGCUCCCGACUGUUGCGUGUGCCAUGGAGGAAGUGCUCAAGGUUUCUGUCAUGCCAACGUACGCGAUGACGGAGUCUAUGCCGAUCGCUUCCAAUCCCCGGUACGGCAAGCGCAAGCUGCGCUCUGUGGGCAUGCAGGCAGGACCUGACAUGCGUAUCAUGAACGGCCACCCCGACUGUUCUUUCCUCCCGGUUGGUGAGGAGGGCGAGGUCGUGGUGAAGAAGGGCCCUGUCACCAGCGGAUACGAGUUCCGAGAGCACAUGGAUGCGAAUCCCAACGUCGAAGCCUUCGGCGAUGGCUGGCUGAGGACAGGGGACAAGGGCUGGAUCGAUUCAGACGGCUUCAUGUACCUUUGUGGUCGCUUCAAGGAAAUCAUCAAUCGAGCUGGCGAGAAGAUCUCGCCCUUCGAGGUGGAGGAUGCCAUGCGAGGGAACGAUGCGUUGAAGGACUGCAUCGCCUUCGCUGUCCCGCACAAGUCCCUGGGCGAGGUGGUAGGCAUUGCGGGCGUCUUGAAGGACGGCAAGUCGUUGACCAUCAAGGAGCUGAGGAGUUGGUGCAACAAAUGCGACAAGCUGCAGGCCAAAUGGAUCCCGGAGAUGCUUGUGACCAUGCCGAGCAUACCGAAAGGGCCCACAGGCAAACCAGCAAGGAUCAACUUGGCGAAGAAACUUGACUUGGAGCCGUUGGAAGGAGUUCCGAAGGACGCGGAGUACAGCAGAUUCACGGAUUCGAGAUCCAGGCACCUUUACGAGAUCCAGGAUCGACUGCAGGAGCUGAGAUGCAGCCGCAGUACUUCGAAAGUGCAAUGGCAGGGAGAGGUAGCUGCGUGGCGAGCGAUUUGUAUGGAUGCUCGAGAGGCCGGAGAGAGGUCAACACGACGGACCGCAGCCAACGAGGCGCAAAGAUCCGCCCUGGACCGAGAGAUCCAACAGCUGCGCGCCUCGUUACAGGAUGCGGAAGGCGAAGUGGCGAGACUUCACAGUAUGUCGAGCUCCUUGGAAGCCGAGCGCCUGCGAGCCACUGAGCGAGCCAGAGAGGAGGUGCGAGAGCUCGAGGAUGGCGAGGCGCAGCUGGAGGCAGAGUUGGCUGCAGCCAGGCUGAGGGCCGAAGUCCUUCGCUUGGAGUGCUCCGAGGAGCGCAAGAUGUGUCGCCAGGUGGUGGCGCGCCUGACUGCAUCACAGGACCCGGAUGGACACGAAAAAAGGUGA